UAGCAAUUUCAACUUUACGACAAUUCAUCCGACUGUCCUAAAUUGGCAACAAAGACAACAAUGGCAAACAAACAGGCUCAUGAGAUCAUUGUCGUCUAUUUCAAGGAUGGCAUCGAUUAUAAGGAGCAGCUUGAGACUAUGAAGCAGAUCGGAAUCAACUCUUCAAAGACUGAAGGAUUUUUUUCCCGGGAGAUCUUUCAUUGCGAGCCCGAUAAUCGUUGGGUUGACUAUUUCAUUUGGCGCGAUAUGGCAGCAGCAGAUGAGUCAAUCGAAAACUCCAAAAAGAUACCCGGCGCUGCCGAACUGUUCGCCAAGAUCGAUCAAGAAAAGAGCGUCUGGUCGCGUUAUUACAAGGUGUCCGACAAAUAAGGUGCUUAUAUCUUUGUUGUCUGUGCAUCAAUAG